AUGAGAUGUGGUUUAUCUGAGACGUUUCUCUCAUUUCAGGAUUCUCUCUUCCGGAUGGAAAACUUCUCCCUCUCGCCCUUCCUGACCCCUCCCACUCCGGGGCCUGAGAAGUUCACCCCUCCAGCCCCCCCGGACCCUUCCCAGGGCAUCGAAAGGACCCUGUAUCUCCUCUCCAUCGUGGUCUACGGGGUGGCCUGUCUGCUGGGGGUGACCGGGAACGGCCUGGUCAUCUGGAUCGCCGGCUUCAAGAUGGAGAAGACGGUCAACGUGGUUUGGUUCCUCAACCUGGCGCUGGCCGACUUCGUCUUCACCUUCUUCCUGCCCCUGAGCAUCGCCUACACGGCCCUGGGCUUCCACUGGCCCUUCGGACGCUUCCUCUGCAAGCUCAACAGCAGCCUGGCCUUCCUCAACAUGUUCGCCAGCGUCUUCCUCUUGACCGUCAUCAGCCUGGACCGCUGCCUCUUGGUGGUCCUACCGGUGUGGUCCAGGAAUCACCGGACGCCUCGGCUGGCCUGGGCCAUCGCCCUGGUGACCUGGGGGGCCGCCUUGCUCAUCAGCUCCCCGUAUUUCGUCUUCCGGGACACGGCCCUGAAUGCGAGGAACGCCACCAGCUGCUACAACAACUUUGCCCUCUCCAGCAACUACACCAGCCAGAGGAGCCGGGACCUGUGGCGGAAAAGGCACAGGGCCAUGAUCCUGGCCAGGUUCGUCUUCGGCUUCCUGCUGCCCUUCACGGUGAUCGCCGUCUGCCACGCCGUGGUGGCUUUCCAGCUGCAGCGCAGGCGCCUGGCCAAGUCUCCCAAGCCUUUGCGGAUCAUCGCGGCCGUGACCGCCUCCUUCUUCCUCUGUUACUCGCCCUACCACGUCCUCUCCCUCUUGGAGUUGUCCAAGAUGUCCGGCAGCCCAGCGGUCAAGAGAGUGCUGCACCUGGGCGUCCCGCUGGCAUCCAGCCUGGCCUUCUUCAACAGCUGCCUCAACCCGCUUCUCUAUGUCUUCGUGGGGCAGAAGAGCUUCCGGCGGUCCGUGUGGGGGGCUUUCGAGGGGGCCUUUGGGGAGGAGGCCCUCCUGUCCUUAUCCAGCAAGAGGAAGUCCAGGGCCGUCUCCCAAACGGAGAUCCGGAUGGCUUAG